UCUAUUUUAAUUUCUAGAUUCUAAACUAAACGUGGAAAGCUUAGAUCUAGCUUUUCGAUCAAGACUAAGAAAGCUUACUUAUUAUUGUGUAUCUUUUCUUAGAUCUGAUCUAGAUCUAGAUACAUUUGAAAUCUAGAUUUACACAUUAGUCGGAUUAUUAUAUUAGUUAUUACUAAAUCUAAUUAAAUUAUUAAUAAAUCUUAUAAUUUUUAUUUUAUAAUCAACUUGAGACUUGAUAAGUUGAUUCACCAAGUCCAAGUUAUUUAAAAUAAUCAUUUAAUAAUGGUUGUAGACAUUCAUGAAUCUGUCCAAAAGAAACAUAAGAAAAAGAAGACUAAUUCAAUCAAUGAGGAAGAAAUGAAAGGAGAGAUAAUUGACCUGACUAGACAUGAAAAGGAUUCUAGUUUUGUUUUUUCAAAAAAUGAACAUUCAAGAAAAAGAACUAGAAAAGCUGAAGAAACAGAAGAAGUAGGAAGUUCAAAAAAGAAGCAAAAGACAUGUUCUAAUAGAGAAUCAUCAUCAGAAGAAAUUGUUUUAACAUCCUCUGUAACUGAAGUUUCUGAAACCAAAAGAAGUAAGAAAGACAAAAAAUCAAAUGAAGAAACGGAAGAAGCAGAAAAUAGUAUCAGAAAGAAGAAAAAGAAAAGUUCUAAUAGAGAAUCAUCAUCAGAAGAAAUUGUUUUAGCAUCUUCUGUAACUGAAGUUUCUGAAACGAAAAGAAGUAAGAAAGACAAAAAAUCUAAAGAAGAAAUCAAUUUGGGUGUAGUAGACACAGACAUUUUGCUUCAGGCAGGAAUAAAUUUAGGGCUUCCUAUGGAAGAUACUGAGACCUCGCUUCCUGAAACACCCAAAGUGAAAAAGAAGAAAAAAGACAAAGAAAAAGAUAUACCCACUCCAUCAGAUAAAAACAAAAAUGAAAGAACUCUUGAUUAUCUUAGAUCAUGGCACUCUAAUCGAAAGAAAUGGAAGUUUAACAAAAUGUUACAAGUUCACUUAUUACAUAUUAUGUAUGACAAAUCUUUGUUAAAUGAUGGAGACUUUGAUGUCAUGCUUCUGUAUCUUGAAGGCCUGAAUGGGAAAUCAAGGGAAAAAACCAAAGAAGAUGCUGAAAAGAUAAUAAACAAUGAUAAACAAGACACUGAUUCAUCUAAUGUAGACAAAGAAGAGAGAGCUCGACAAAUUAUUCAAAUUUUAAGUUAACAGUGCUGAUUUUUUUUUUUUUAUAGAAUUAUUUAAUAACUAUUAAAUUAACCUGAAAUGUCAACAA